UUAGGUCCAAAGAGGGUAGAGAUGACCAUGACCGCCAACAAGAAUGCAGCCAUCCCUCAAAAUGCUGCCAGCUGUAGGAUACCGCGGGAUACUCUGGAACGGUCUCAGUCGGUGUCUCCUCCGCCGCUUCUGUCUCCAGUCAGGACGGCAUCGUAUCCUCUCAGUGAUAGUGAGGACUUCUGCAGAACCAGCAGAUUCUCCAACAUAUCCAACAACAAACUGGUGAUUAAAGACUGGACCCUGAGAGGCUCCAACGCGAGAGGCCUGCGCUCCCCGGGGGCCGAUACUGCCAACCACUUGUCAAAAUCAGUCAGUGUCGCUUGUUUGGAUAAAAGACUUUCAGUGUUUAAAGGCCCGAACCAGAAAGAAAAUGUAUUGGAGGCCACGGACGGUGAUGUGAUCAACCGGAGCACCCUCUCCCUGGGGUCUGCGGCCAAUCAGCGGAAUCGACCUCACAACAGAACUGCUGUCCGCUCCCAGGUGCUCGACAUUCGGCGUAAAAUUUCAGAAUGGGAGUGCCGGGGAGACUCUUCUCCACGUCUCAGCCUCUUUGUGGACAGAGGAGACCCGGGUGACCGCUCCACCAGUGAAGGAUGCCCCAGCAUGUUGACAUCGCCAUGCAGUGAAAAAACAUUUGACUUUAAGGGAUACCGGAGAAUGAGCAGAACAUUUUCUGAGUGUUCAUACCCAGAGACAGAGGAGGAGGAGACCACAGCGUCAGAGCGAGACUCUCUUCACCGGUAUGAGAGGAGAUCCAGUAGGACAGAACCCGCCAAUGCUUUUGUCAGGGGCCCUAGAAAAGAGUCCUCUGCAGUGCUGAACAGGAUCCAGAAGAUUGAGCAGGCGCUGAAGGAGAACCCGGGGAUGGGUCUGCCGCAGCUGCCCAGCAGUUGUUUUAGUGUUGACCUUGGGAGAAAACGCUCCAUAACUUCAGGUACUUUAGAGAGUCCAAGCGACAAAUCUGGGAAUGUAAAUUCCAUAAAUGAACAGGAGCAAAAGACAAAACAAGGAGCUACUGCAAACUCUAGCAGUCCAACUGUGGCCCCCAAGAGCCCGCCAGCAGACGUGAACCCUGUCCCUAAACCCAAACGCACAUUUGAGUAUGAAGCUGAAAAAAGCCGCAGGAACAAACCUAAUAAUCUACCUCCAUCCACAUCACCUGUAUCCCCUCCUCCUCUCCCUUCAACGCCAGCACCCCCCGUCACCAGGAGGCCCAAGAAAGAUCACCGCAGAUCUCAAAACAGAAAAUCUCUGGAGUUUGAAGACGCCUCCAGUGUCCAGUCCUUGGGUUCCCCGUCACCGGUGGAGAAUGGUACUGAGAAGAAGCUCCGCUCUGGUUCUAAAAGCACUUUAGAGGAGAACACCUACGAGGAUAUUGUGGGCGAAUCACCCAAAGAAAACCCGUACGAGGAUGUGGACCUGAAGGGACGACACUUGGCCCGCAAGUCCCAGCUGUCACCUGACAGUGUGAAGCCACCUUCAAACAGGAUGCUGAGGACACCAGACAGGAAGUACACGACGCCCACCCAGAUAACGCCUAAGAGUGGUAGCCAUUCAGUGCGAGUCGGGAAUUUCUCUGAGAGGAAAGGGCACCGUACAGGGCGGCUGCCAAAGCGGCACAGCCACGAUGACAUGUUGCUCCUGGCACAGCUGACCAUCCCAACCUCUCCUUCCAGCUUGAAUGAAGACAGCCUCAGUACUGCUAGCGGACUCCUGACGUCACAUAGGGCCCGACGAAUUCCUAAGCUUGUGCAGAGGAUCAACUCCAUUUAUAGUGCCAAACGAGGCAAGAAAAGGUUGAAAAAGCUUUCCAUGUCCAACGUGGAGACAGCGUCGCUGCGAGAUGACAACAGCGAGAGUGAAAGUGACUCAGACGACCGGUUCAGAGCACACACCCAGCGCCUGCUUCUUAUCCAGUCCAUGCUAAACAGAGCCCCCAGUUACCGCACACUGGAGCUGGAGCUGAUCGAAUGGCAGGAGCGGGAGCUGUUUGAGUACUUUGUGGUUAUUUCUAUGAAGAAAAAACCUUCGAAAAAUACUUACAUUCCCGAGGUCACGUAUCAGUUUCCCAAGCUGGAGCGACCCACAAAGCAGGUGCGAGAGGCGGAGGAGAGACUGAAAGCUAUUCCUCAGUUCUGUUUUCCAGAUGCCCGGGAGUGGGUGCCAGUGUCGGAGUAUAGCAGUGAGACCUUCUCCUUCAUGCUGACGGGUGAAGAUGGCAGCAGGAGGUUUGGCUACUGCCGGCGACUACUGCCCAGCGGGAAGGGGCCCCGGCUCCCUGAGGUGUACUGCGUCAUCAGCCGGCUGGGAUGCUUCGACCUGUUCUCCAAGAUCUUGGAUGAGGUGGAGCGGAGGAGGGGGAUUUCUGCUGCACUUGUCUACCCCUUUAUGAGGAGUCUGAUGGAGUCACCCUUUCCGGCCCCAGGGAAAACAAUCCGAGUGAAGACGUUCCUUCCGGGCGCUGGGAAUGAGGUCAUUGAGCUGCGGAGACCGAUGGAUUCACGGCUGGAACAUGUGGACUUUGAAUGUCUCUUCAGAUGCCUCAGCGUCCGACAGAUCAUCCGGAUAUUUGCCUCGCUGCUGCUGGAGAGAAGAGUCAUAUUUGUGGCAGAGAAGCUGAGCACUCUGUCCAGCUGCUCUCAUGCGGUCGUUGCUCUUCUUUACCCUUUUUCCUGGCAACAUACCUUCAUCCCGGUGCUGCCGUCCUCUAUGAUCGACAUUGUAUGUUGCCCGACGCCCUUCCUGGUGGGAUUGCUUUCUAACUCGCUGCCGAAGCUGAAGGAACUACCAGUGGAAGAGGCGCUCAUGGUGGAUCUUGGCUCUGAUCGAUUUAUCAGACAGAUGGAUGAUGAGGACACUUUGUUACCCCGGAAGCUGCAGGCGGCUCUGGAGCAGGCGCUGGAGAGGAAGGGCGAGCUGAUCAGUCAGGACUCGGACAGCGACACUGAUGAAGAAUGUAACACGCUGAAUGGUCUAGUGUCUGAGGUCUUCAUCCGCUUCUUUGUGGAGACCAUCGGCCAUUAUUCCCUGUUCCUGGCUCAAAACGAGCGGGGGGAGAGAGUCUUCCAGAGAGAAGCUUUCCGCAAAUCUGUGGCCUCCAAGAGCAUCCGCCGAUUCCUGGAGGUCUUCAUGGAGUCUCAGAUGUUCGCUGGGUUCAUCCAGGACAGGGAGCUGCGUAAAUGUCGAGCAAAAGGGCUGUUUGAGCAACGAGUGGAGCAGUAUCUGGAGGAGCUCCCAGAGCACGAGCAAAGCGGCGUCAACAAGUUCUGGAGAGGUCUCGGAAACAAGAUGAAAUUUCUCCAUAAGAAGAACUGAGGCCUCAGCUGCAGCAUCCACAGACUGUUCCUGCGGCGUCCUCGCUGGACAUGACCAGAAUAUAAUCACAUGACCGCCCUUCCAUUGAACAGAUAUAGGGGGUGAGAGGGUAGAGACUGUGUAAUCGGGAAUCACCACUUAUAGAUUUGUAAAUAUUGAGGCUUUUUUCAACUUGGAAUCUUUUUUUAUGAAGUGAAACUGUGGAAGUGGAGCAGAUGGCGGCGUCCGAUAUGUGUGAUGGUGUUCAGAUGGCGGCCGCUCGCUCUGCACUCUAGUAUGUCGAUCAACGUUUUAUGGUCAGUAGACUUGCACUAUGACUGCACCAAUUAAGAAGUUUCGAACAUAGCGAGCAGCACGCCAAAUGUGCGUGAUGUAAUAAACGCUGAGACUGAAAUCA